GUGAUAAGCAGCAAGCAGCUUCUGGGUUUUGCUUUCAAGCGGACUCCUGCUGAAUCGGUGUGAGCGAGUGUGUAUAUGUGCGUGCUUUGCGUCGUCCACUCUCUCUCCUGCCACAGUGGCAACACAUAGCCGCGGCGUCGGCCCCCGAACAAAAGGCUAAACGCAGCAGAGCCGCGGGAGGGGAAACUCAGGGACAGAAGCUGACUGAGUGGCCCAGCGUGACUGCACUUCUCAGGGAGGAAUUCAACCUGCCAUUUAGUCGUCCCGGCCCCGGAGUGGAGACAGGACCGUGCAUUAGACGGGUCCUCUCUGCCUGCCCUUCUCUCUGUGAGAGCUGAGAAGCACACCCUGUUCUGACAGUUGUCUCUCACACAUUUGUCUACCAUUUGCACACCUCAGACUCAGCCACCCUCUACUGAAAUUCCUGCACCUGCCGGGCCGUCUCUCCUCUUCAUCCACUUGCCGUCCAAGAUGUCAGAUGAUGACUGCCGGUCGCCUAUCGGCCUGGACUGCUGCAGCUGCUGCCUGGACCUGGCCAACGGCUCCGACGAUUCCCUGUCCAGCAGUCCGGCUCAGGGCCUCGCUCCUCCGGGGGGCAUGCCAGGAAGCCCCACCAGCCCGAGUGUAAAUCACUUCCGACAGCUCCGCAACCAGCUGAUGUACCAGAACCUGAACACGGACAAGCUGAACAACAUCAUGAGGCAGGACUCCCUGGAGUCGGUGGUGAGGGACCCCUGCUUCCUGCUCAAUGAAGGCAUCUGCAGCAACAACAUUGACCAGACCAUGCUGUCCAUACUGCUCUUCUUUCACAGUGCCUCUGGUGCUAGCGUUGUGGCCAUUGACAACAAGAUCGAGCAGGCAAUGGAUCUCGUCAAGAACCACCUGAUGUAUGCGGUGCGCGAGGAGGUGGAGAUCCUCAAGGAGCAGAUCAAGGAGCUGGCGGAGAAGAACAACCAGCUGGAGAGAGAGAACUACCUGCUGAAGAACCUGGCCAGCCCGGAGCAGCUGGAGAAGUUCCAGUCCCGCAUCCCGACGGAUGUGCUUUUACCCCUGGACAAUCAGAGCGCCCAGAUGACGCAAGACCACCAGCAGCAGCAGCAGCAGAGCUGCAACCUCAACACAGGCUCUGCUGUAUAAGUGGCUCUGCCUUGGGGCGGGCAGAGCCACUGUCUUCUUCCAUUAAUGGACCUCGAUUUGAACGUCAGCGUUACUAAAUCGCCGCCACCAAGGAACCUUCCGAACAGUGAAGGUGAUGCUUCGGGGCUGUAAAUGAUCGAUGGGACACAAAUGAACUGUUGACUGUGAUAAGCAUGAAAACAGAACUUUUAGACGCUCUGACUGGUGCCAUGUCAGGCCCGUCCUCUGAUACCGUCCAACUCUUUGUUGUAGUCUCUCUUUGUAGACAGAAGUUUUAAGAAUAGAGAGAGGGCUGACUAGGCACAGAUGAGUGCUUGCUUUCAGACAGAGGGGGGCUUUCCCUGCCUAGCCGAAACCCUCCCGACAAAACACCCUUUGCUCUAGAGAGGAGGGGUGGGGAGGCGUUGAUUGGGCUGGCCCCGCCGGUGCUAACUUGGGAAGUGAGGGGCGCUCGCUCCCUCACGAGCCAGAGGAGACCCAUCUGAGACGAUCCCCCGAGUCUCAACGAGAACAGCCCCAUCAUGUGGAUUUGUCCCAUCUCACGAUACAUGUUUCAAGGACUUCCAGCCACACAUUUCAGCCUCCGUAACCAGGACUGUACCUGUACCUACAAUGUAUUGCUCAUGUGUUCAUGUACAUUUAAGCAUAACAAGAAUAAUCAAAAGGAGAAGCUAAGGCAAGAGAGGUGGAGGUUAACUCAGUAUAGCCUUUUAGAGCUGGUGAACCGCUGCAGUAGACUGAUCACUAUGCCAUGAUGAUUCGUAAAUGUAAUCUUGUCUGCAGUUGGGGCUUGCUGCUUGUGGGGGUAACUAAUCCUGCUAUAUCAUCCAUUUUUGUUUGUGAUUCUGAACAAAAAUCAGCUGUUUGUAACAUAGGAGCUUUGUACAUAGAUUUCUUUUUUUUUAUACGCAGCAAUCUAAUGGGGCUUACGUACCCGCGUUGUUUGCCUAACUUUUCACAGGAUAACUACAUAUGUACAUAAAUUUGCAAUAUCCUAAGGUAAACAUAGUGGAGACGGUUAGCGAGCAGACACCUGCAUUUCUCGCUGCAGAUGCACUCCUGAUUUUUUUUUUUUUUUUUUUUUAGCAGCAGCGCCGUCCAGUAUCUGGUCUGUUUUCUUGCUCAGACGCCCCCUCCCCCCCACACUUGAAAACGACGGCACGACAACAGUGCCCGCAAGUUAGACAGGAACACGUCCAAGCUCAAAUGUUGCUGUUGUUUUCUCUUCGCUACCAAAGACUUUCUACUGAGCAAACCAGGACCAUGUGUAAGAAAAAUGAUAAAAAACAAUUUCACAGGGAGAAAUCGUGUUUGUAGCUAUUGCUGAAGUUUCUAUGUGUUUUGUAAAGAUAACGGUGUUGUUGCUGUAAAGUAUCCCUGAAACAGUUGUUUGGAUACGACUGCACAUUCGCAAUAAACCUUAUGUUUACACAUUA